AUGGUAUCUGAUAGUCUUAAGAUAUGUACUGUAUGUGCAGCUAAUAAUAAUAGAUCUAUGGAAUCACAUAAACAACUAAAAGAUGCUGGUUAUAAUGUUAGGUCAUUUGGUACUGGUUCAGCAGUAAGGUUACCAGGACCUCUGGUAGACAAGCCAAAUGUAUAUGAAUUCGGCACCCCCUACGACGAUAUCUAUCGUGAUUUGACAAGUCAAGAAUAUCAUAAAAUGUAUGAAUCAAAUGGGCUCAUUCGCAUGAUUAAUAGAAAUAGACAUAUAAAAAGGGCUCCGGAAAAGUGGCACAACAACGCAUCUGCCGGUAAGUUUGAUUUAGUAAUAACGUGUGAAGAGAGGUGUUUUGAUCUCGUUCUUGAUGACCUUAUGGUUAGACUUGUGAAUAAGGAUCAAGCUGACACCGAAAUCAAACAAGCUGUUCAUAUUAUUAAUAUUGAUAUCAAAGAUGACUACGAGAAUGCGGUUAUAGGAGGCAAGGGUAUUUUGAAACUAGUGAAUAUGAUCCAUGAAUUCAGGAAUACAAAUAAACAGAGAAGACUUGAUCAUGAUUUUGACGAUGAAUCAGAUACUAUUUUAGAAGAUCAAAUGAUGAAACUUUUGGCCAAAUGGCAGCAAGAGCAUACCCAUUUACCUACUUUAUAUAGUGUUGCAUAUUAUUAA